AUAAUUGAAAUUUAUAAUGGCGCACGAAGGUGGUUCUAGUGGAAAACUUCCAAGUGAUGAUAUUGGUUGGAAAUUUGGAAUUCCACUAGAAAAUAAUAGGCAUAAAAUUAGGUGCAAAUUUUGUGGAAAAGAGCUAAAUGGUGGUAUAACUAGGUUGAAGCAACAUUUGGCCCAUAUGAAAGGUCAAGUCGCACCUUGUGCUAAUGUCAGUGGUGAAGUUCGAACACUAAUGAUGGAUCAUUUGAAUAAUUAUAAGGGCAAAAAGCUUGACAAAAGGAAGAUGAAUGAGGAAUUGACAGAACAAAUUAGAGCCAGUCAGUGUGAUGAUGAUGAAAAUGAUGAGGAGGACUUAGAAAUGGUUAUGGCCCGACAAAAUAGGGCUAGUGAUAUUGAGGUUGCACCACCUCCUGGUUUUGCUCGGCGAAGUCAUAGUGUUCGUGAGACUAGUACAGGUAGGAAAUGGAUUGAUACAUCCUCUCCAGAAGUUCAAUUAUUAGACAUAGAUGUGGAUCUUCAUAGGACCAAAGGCAACAAACAAUCCAAACUCUCCUCUAGAUUUUUGAAAGAAGCAAAGAAAAAAUUAGGAAGAGCAGUUAGCCAGUUUGUAUUGUUCACUCCAGUGCCUACUAAUGUUGUUAAUUCUAAAUGGCUAGAACCAAUGUUGGAUACUGCAAGAGAGGUUGGAAGAGGAACAAAGCUACCUACUUCUUAUGAAGUAACUGAAGUGUAUUUACCAAUGGAGUAUGAAGCUUUACAAAAUUGGAUAAAAUCUCAUAAAUCUAGUUGGGCUGAGAGAGGUGUUACAAUUAUGUGUGAUGGAUGGUCUGGGCCCACAAGAAAGCACAUUGUUAAUUUUCUUGUGUAUAGCAAUCGUGGAAUAAUUUUUCAGAAGUCUGUGGAUGUAACUGAUGUACCUAGUAGGACAGCUGAUUAUUACUUGGGCCUCAUGGACAAGGUAGUGGAUGAAAUUGGAGAAAAAUAUGUUGUGCAAAUUGUAACUGAUAAUGAAGCUGCGAUAAAGGCAGCUGGUUACAAACUCAUGCAAAAAAGGGAGAGUCUGUAUUGGACGGGAUAUGCAGCUCAUUGUAUUGAUCUUAUGUUAGAGGAUAUUGGAAAGAAAAAAAGUGUAGCAAAGGUGUUGGAUUGUGCAAAAUGGAAGCACAACAAAUGGUCCCAAAAGGAUGAUGCAAAAGAAGCGAAAGAAAUUAUACAAAGUAAAGAUUUUUGGACCAAGGCGGCAGAUGUAUUAAAAGUUCAAGAACCACUUCUAAAGAUUUCUUUAUUUUGUAAUAAAGAAGAUUCUUUUGGUGCUGUGUUAGCACAAAGAGCAGUGAAAGCAACAAAUCCUGCUGAAUGGUGGAUCCAUUAUGGUACAUCAGCUUUGGCACUCCAAAAAGUGGCUGUGAGAGUAUUGAGCCAAACCACCUCUUCUUCUAAUUGUGAGCGCAAUUGGAGUACAUUUAGCCUGAUACAUACAAAGACAAGGAAUUGGUUGACGUAUAAAAAAUUAAAUAAACUUGUUUAUGUGUAUUAUAAUAUGAGGCUAAAGAUCAGACAUGCAACACGAAAAAGCCAAGAUGACAGAGAGGAAUCUUUUAACCCCAUCAAUCUUGACUAUAUAUUUGAAGAAGAUGAUCUAUUAACUCCAUGGCUUCAAGAGAGAGAACAUGUAGUCUUGGAUGAUGAAGAUAACUCAGGUUGGUUGAUUGUUGACGAUGAUGAUGAGGGAGAUCAUGCCACUUGUAGCCAAGUACCUCAACACCAUCAAAGAGUAGGGUCUGCUAGAAGUGGCUCUAGUGAGGGUCGCGGUUUGAGUCCACCUAGUGGUAGUGGAGAUGAUAGUGAUGGCAGUCGUCCUCCAACAGGUGGUGGUAGUGGUGGACAAUGCGAGUUUGUAGGUUCUGCACAUGGUUGUAGACGCAGUAUUCAUCAUAUUGAUCAUGAUUGGGAACAGGGAUUCUUCACAGCAACAACGACAUUCUAUUUCUGCUCCUAA